AUGGAACCGUUCCACGAACAUUGUAUCGCCUACUUUUUAGUGACGAAGCCAAACAAGAAGAUCACGAGUCGUUUGACGUGGUGCCACAACAGCCUGCUUCCAAUCGUCAUGCGACAUUGCCUUGCUGCUAGUCAUUUUACGAUCGUUGAUGAGUCGUUGUUCCACAUUGGAUACUGGGGUCGUCACCUGAAAAGCAGUCAAUAUCGUGCCUUGAAACCCUACCAGAAGGUGAAUCACUAUCCUGGUGCCUUCCAUAUUGGUCGAAAGGAUCGUCUGUGGAUGCAUAUUGAGAAACAACAGCGUCGAUUUGGUGAGAAAGUCUAUGGAAUAAUGCCAAAGACAUACUUGCUGCCAAAGGAGUACGAACAGAUGCGCGAAUAUCUGGCUGCCUCGCAAUCUCAUCACGUCAUCAUCAAGCCGCCGGCUAGCGCUAGAGGUACCGGGAUAAGCGUUACGCGGAAAAUCAAAGACAUACCAGAAAAAACCCAACUUGUGGCGCAACACUAUCUGGAUCGACCGUUGACGAUAAACGGAGCAAAGUUCGACCUCCGCCUCUAUGUGUAUGUUCCGUCGUUGGAACCUUUGCGUAUCUACAUCUACGAGGAAGGACUGGUGCGAUUCGCAAGUGUUCCGUACUCACGAUCCUUAUCAACCGUCUCCAAUAAAUACAUGCACCUCACCAACUACAGCAUCAAUAAACUGGCGGAACAGGAUGGCGUGGCGGACUCACCGGUUCCGAAAUGGCGACUUACCGAACUUUGGAAGUAUUUCGAGAAUGACGGAGUGGAUUCUGCUGCUGUCCGUGAACAUAUUGAAGACGUGGUCGUGAAAGCGUUCAUUGCGUGUGAAAAACCUAUCCGAGAUCAUAUGGUCCGACAUAUCCAACACGGAUUUGUUUGCCAUGAACUAUUCGGUGUGGAUAUUUUGUUAGACGAAGAUCUCAAGCCAUGGCUUUUGGAGGUCAACAUUUCUCCUUCUCUACAUUCCGGGACUCCACUUGAUGUCUCCGUUAAAGCGCCGUUGGCGAAAGAUGUUCUCAAUAUGGCUGGAAUCUGUGUACCACCUAGUAUGGAAAACUUGGCCACAGCCGAUUACAGUACAAAACCGCGUAACUGGCCGAAAGAGGAGGAGCACGUACAGAAAGAGACAAUGUGGACAGCGGCAUUUCUGGACGAAGGUCGUUUGAAUCGCCGAAUACUGAAGAGGUUAACUCGGGAAGAUCUCCGCACCUUGUUGAGUUCGAAGGCAUAUGAAUAUACGAGGCGUGGCAACUUUCGUUUGAUAUUCCCCACAGCUGAUACCGCCUACAUGCAAAGUUACUUCGUACAACCGGUUUACGCCAACUUGUUACUCCAACAAUGGCAAAUCGACCAGGAAAGGUGCGGACGUGAAGACGGUAUAGCGCGGCUAGAAGCGCUUUGCUGCCAGCGAAUCGCCCGACGUCUUGACAGUGACGACGAAUGUUGA